CGUUUACGGCCGGUGGGUUUUUGCGCGAAGGUGCAGAUGUUGGCGGUGAACAGAGGAGAAGAAAGGGGGAGGCAGAGGUCUGCUCUUCAAGCUGAAGCACUUGACGUGGUGUUAAAGACGACAUUUCUGCAAAAUGGCAUCCCUUGGAGACAUCCAAGUGAAGGAGCUGAACAAGCGCGCAUCAGGUCAAGCGUUUGAGGUCAUCCUAAUGCCCUCAACUCCAGAUGCUAAGGGGGACUUCCCAUUGUCCCCAACUAAGAAAAAGGAAAUGUCACUGGAUGAGAUUAAGAAGAAACUGGAGGCUGCUGAAGGGAGACGCAGGAGCUACGAGGCCGAAGUGCUUAAACAUUUAGCCGAGAAACGAGAGCACGAGAAGGAGGUCAUCCAGAAGGCCAUCGAGGAAAACUGCAACUUCAGCAAGCAGACGCAAGAAAAACUCAAGCAGAAGAUGGAGGCGAACAAAGAGAACCGCUCUGCCAUGAAAGAAGCUCUCAAUGAGAAGUUCAAGGAGAAGGACAAGAAGCUGGAGCAAGUGAGGAAGAACAAGGAGGCAAAUAAGGGAAGGGAGAGCUAAUUUAAGCUGUUUUUUUGUUGGUGAUCUGGAAGACAAUCUCCAAAGAUAAGUUUUUAUAACUGCUGCAGUUCUUUGUUGUGUUAGUUCUGGCUAUGCUGUUGAAUUAAAGUCUGUUGUACUGGUUAGAUUUGUGUUACCUACUCCUUUAGAGUUUUUCUUUCCUUGUAGAUUUCACUUUGGCAGCUUAUUUCACUGUAAUUUUUCAACUGGUCAUCGUACUCCAUCAUAUGCUGUUAGAAACUGUUGAUAAUGCUGUAAGUUUGAGGAGACUGUAUGAUACAGUACUGAGGUUUUUCUAAUAAAGUUUAUUUCCACAA